CGACCAAAGGCCGCAACUGAGGCGAGUUAAUGACGACGUCUUUGGGGACCACUCCCGGGGGAACCACCCCCGCGGCGACGACCCCGGCGGGAACCACACCGGAGUUGGAGGAUGGCCUGGACUGUAAUGAGAGAGAUGCUGAAUUCCAGGAGCAUGAAAAGAUUCUUUCUCCAGAUUUUCUUUCAAUUGCUCAAAUCACAGAAAUGCUAACAGAAGAUGUAGAUGGAGUUCAACAAAAAUUGAAAGCAUUUUUGAAUUUCAAAAACCUUCAAACCUGUUUAAAGGAAGCCAUUCUGCUAGAUUAUUAUGUAUCUGGAUUUUUGUGGGCUAGAGGAAUGGACUUUUCUGUUAUUCAAUAUUCAAAAUUUAUGACUUUACUAGAUACGUUACUUCAUAAUCUUAGAACACUGCAUAUGUCCUUAGAAGACAGCAUAAAAUGGCUUGGAGAAGUUAUGGCUGAAAUAGGACCAUCCCAUUCACAGAAAAAUGAAGAAUUGAGUAUCUUUAAUAUAAAGCAAGCCAAUGCGAUCAUCGAUUACUUAAAAAUCAGCUUAUUUCAACACUACAAGCUAUAUGAGUUUCUAUUCUACUCUACAAGGGAAGAAAUCGUGAUAGGAACUGAGCAAAUGAUAGAGGUUGUCAAGCCUUCAGGUGGUCUCUUCCCAGAUCCUCUAGAAGAAGGAAUCUCACUUGAUGUUUAUUCAACAUUCAUAGAGCCACCCCCAACAUUGGAUUCAGGAGUGAAGGGAUUGGAUCAAGACCAAGUCCCUAAGGAAUCCCAGUCAGAAGCCAACAUUUCCGAUGUGGAUCCUUUAUUGGGUUUCACCAUUGAAGAUAUAAGAUCAGUGCUGGGUCAAGUCACAGAUGAUAUUUUAAUCGGCAUUCAGACCGAGAUAAACGAAAAGCUGCAAAUACAGGAAGAGGCCUUUAAUGCACGAAUAGAAAAAUUGAAAAAAGCCUGAGGACUUAGUGCAAGGGGAGUGAUGCUAAACUUCACAGAAACAAACAGAACCAGCCGGAAUAAUAGACUCUCCAGAGCGGCAUAUCUCCUUCCUUUCAUUGGGAGAGGAAAACCAAGCCCCGCUUUUUAUUAUCCUAAGUAAUUAGGAAAGUAUUGGUCCUCAUUUUGCUAUCUCCUGUCCCAUAACAGCCUCUGAAUUUAUUGCACUAAGUAUAAUAAGAACAUUUUGUAUACAAGAGUUUGGAGAAUUAUAUAUAAAAAUACAAUUACUUUUAUGAUACUCCUUUGACAUUUUGACUAAUAAAUGCUAUUCAUCUUCA